UGUACUGGCCGGAGAAGAAGCAUCUUCGAAGUGCCAAUUGGAAUUCAGAUCUCACCCAUUUCUGUUGAGCGAUUCAAUUGGCGUCGGGUUCGAUCCUUUUGCUUUUGGUGAGGGGGGACAGAGCAGAGACGGAGAGAGAGAGAGAGAGACAGAGAGUGAGAGAUGACGACUCUGCAGAAAUUCAAGCUGCUGGCGACGCAGUGCGCCGUCGUCGGGAGCCCGUCCCGUAGCCCCACCGCGAGCCCGGUCUUCCACCUCCGCCGCCGCAAGACCCUCCGCAUGCUCCUCAACCGGACAGAUCGCCGCCGGCUCCCCCGCAGCGAGGGUUCUCCGAAGCAAGACCUCGGCCGCCGAAGCCCCCCGGAGGAUCCCGGCAGCUUCAGAGCCCGGCACAAGCUGCGGGACCUGUUCGUGUCGUCCCCGCCGCCGCCGCCGCCGUUGGAGAGGAGAGGAGACGUGCGCGAGCGAUUGUUGGCCGAAGCAGGGACCGGGAUGGAAGGCGGGGGCGGAGGGGGCUUCGCGGCUCGGCGCGUCGCCGGCGGCUCAAUCAGGCCGUUGUCGGCGGCUUUCAGGUACAGAUUGCUCAGGAGACCGUGGCGACCGGUACUGGUCGCGAUUCCCGAGUAGCAACGUGAUGUGAAAUUCAAAAUUUUUCUCUUGAUAAAAUAGUAUUAAAUUUAUUUUUCGAAGCACAAUAUUGUUUGUCCACAGAUUUCAUCUUCUUCUUCUUCUUUUCCUUUUAAUUGUUUUUUUUCCUUACGUCCACGGCCAUGGGCAGUGGGCACCAUGGGUUAGUUAGAAGAAAAAGCUGGGGCACGCUCUCCGUCGCAACCAGUCGUAGCCGCCGUCGAGACGUCAAUGGAGCGUGACGUUAACGAGCGCAGACAGCGCGUGGGGGCGCCACCGAAAUGGGAAAAAAAACGCAAUCAGCGGCAUUGAAUUUUCUA